UGAAGCUUUUGGAAAGCUCUACUCUCGGCUUCAAGUUUAGCCUCGAUGACCUGAGCAGACAUGUCACGGAUUCAAAUAAGAAAUGGCUCGGCCGGGUAGAUCGCAAAACCAAAAGUAUAAAAGCGGAGUCACAAGCCACUACCGUCCUGCCAUUUCCCUACCCACCAAAAGACAAGACAAUAUGAAUCAAGACACAUUACCACCGAAUCUCAAGAAUCAACUAUUUGACAUUGGCAAUGGGGUUUUCAGCACCUCAUUGGUUCCCAUUCUAAUUAUAACAGCGCUUGCAAGUGCCAAUAGACCGAGUAAAAUAACCAACGUCGCCAGAGAGCAUCUGGAAACAUUAGAAACCCAAGAAGAUAAAAAGAAAUGGGUGAUGAUGGCACAAAAUGCUCUGAUAAAGGCAGCAUUUUUAUGCGGAAUGCCGAGGGUUAUCAAUGCCAUGCAGAGCUUGAUGCAGGGUGUGGACGAAGAAACAAAAUCAAGUCUGCCAAAAUCUCCUAGUGACGCAGGCACCCAUUUGCAAGAACGUGGAGAAACCAUGUUCAACAAGGUGUAUGGCAAAGUGAGCGACCGGGUUAAGAACAAUAUUGGAGGCUCAAGCCCUGACCUGAUGGCGAUAAUUUUGGAGGACGUAUACGGACGGGUUCUAUCCGAUGUGACACUGUUAGACGAAGUUGAAACCGAGCUACUCACCAUCGUUGUCUUAGUGCCACUUCAAGUACCUGCUCAGCUUAAAGGCCACUUGCAUGGAGCGAAAAACGUUGGAGCUACCGAGGAGCAGGUAAAAGCAGCCGAAGCCAUUGGUCGGUUGGUGACGAACGACGACGAUUCCAGUUGACUUUUUCAGCACAAGCUUUUUCCUAGACUAUAGACUUCAUGGCAUUAAACAUUAGCUCGAGCAGAUAUUAUUUCAAAGGAUGGCCAAUAAAUUUCUUUAAUUUCAUGUUCAAGAGUAUCUAAAGCA